CGUGAUCUGGUCGUUGAUGUUGAGGACGGUCUGGGAUGCGGCGGCAGAGGAUGUGAGUCGGGCGGUCUGCGAGACGUUGUGCUGCUCUUCUUCGUUGGCCUGGUCCAUGUUGUAGACCCGCAGGUACAUUCCGCAGAUCAGCAUCAGGACCAUCACGCCCACACAGCCAUAGCCCAGGUUUCGGUUGUAGGUCGCCAGGAACAGGCCGGCAUACAUAGGCGACAAACCUGGUGAUCGAGUUGCGCUUCUCUUCCAGGUUGAACUCGGCGCGCGGCACAAACUCGUCGGCUCUCGUCAGGAGUAUCGCGGGAUCAAAGAUCCAGAAUGGGUCAUGGAGUCGCUUGGCCAUCCCUGUGGGGAGUGCAAAUCAGGUCUGCGACGAGCGAGCGUUGGGGUGGUGGAAUGCGUUGAUGCAUCUUGUUGGCGCUGCGUCUGGAGUUCUGUGUGGAUUUUCUGUGCUGGAUGAAUCAAACAGAGAGGUGCUGGACUUUUCCUCUUUCCCCUCCAUCUCGCAGCCCACAUCCAAGCAAGCCAUGCCCAAGCGAGCCAGCACGCAGCCCCCUGCUCCCCGAGGCACCAAGCGUCUCAAGCGCACGAUCAGCUACGUCGAUGGGUUCGACUGCUCUGAGGUUUCCAUGAGCGAUCUCGUGGCCACCCAGCCCAACAUCGACCAACUGGCAGAAAUCGUGAACGCCUGUGUCAUGGAAGGAGACCUGCUCUGGAUUCUCGAGCCCCGCGAAAUCAUCAGGCUCAUGCGCACCUGUCGCUACAUGUUCUGCUUCCUGGCAAGCUUCAAGACCAUCGCCUUUCGCAGAUGGAUGGCCAAGAACGGACUGGCUGUGCUCCCCUCGUCUUCCACGACACACACCCUUGGCAUUGUAGGGAAGCCAUUCGAGAUUGGUCUCUUUGACUUUGAGGUCAAGAAGGUGCUCACCCACCUGUUUCCCCAAAAGCCACCUGCCCACGAAAACGCACGCUGGCUUCAAACCAGGAUCCAGAAGCAAGAAAGCCCCGAGCUCCGCCUGCUUGCCAGGAGCGUCGCUGCUCGCAUCAAGCAGUCCAAGGAUCGCGAUGUUCGUAUCGAGAUCCAAGAACUCGCUCGUGAAGGCGACGCCUUUGCGUCGCUCACCAUGGCGCACGCCAGUAUGGGAUAUGGGAAUGGCGAUAUCAACAAGGCACCAGUAGUCGAGCUUGUUCGCCUCGUUGAGGACAAGGGGUGCAUCGCUGCAUCUGACUUGAUCAUCAAGAACAACUUGGACAUCCACAGCCACUUUCCAGCAUACCACACCACCUACAUUGGUCCCGAUGUCACUGGCGACUUCUAUGCACAUGCUCUUACCAUCAAGAAGAGCAAACGUCGCUACACUGCCUCUGAUCGACUGCGAUAUCACUACUUUAUGCGGAGAGCUGCUACAAAUGGCGAUUCCAGGGCACUCCUCGAUCUCGCCCAGAUGUACAUGCAUGCGAAACUUGCCCCCCACGCCACGAGAUUCCUCGUAUCUAUCGUGUCCUUCGAAGGUCUCGACCCCUUUGUGGUCUAUGACUGCGGGAUGUAUCUGUUGGACCUAGGAAAGAACAUGCAAACCACAGUUCGUUUCUUUGAUUCGGUCCAAAAUGGACAUCUCUUGGUGAAGCUUGGAGUCACAUUCUUCAAUCCGAACAACAAACGACGAAAUCCCAUUCUCGCCCUCUACUGGUUCAAGAAGGCCCUCGAUUUGGGAUGCCAAGAAUCCGAGGCACACAUCCGGAGGCUUCAGAGCCAUCCAGUAUACUUUGAUGUGACUGGUUCUGGCCAAGCAAGAAAAUGGUUCAGUACCAUUCAGUCAGUGUGUCCAAGACCAAUGCGCAGAGCGAUCGCUCACAUGCUCCAGACCACGUUCAUUGUCUCGCCCCUUGUGUCGAUUGCGAUUGAUGGAGAGGCAGGCUCUCGCCACAACAAGAGUGAGUACGAAUAUUGGCUCGACGCCAAGAACGCCAGUAAUCCGUCAGUCCGACAACGACAGGAGGGACUCAUGCUCCUGGCUCAAGCCACCAAGAAGGACCCUCAAAAGCAUGGUGUUGAAUUCGAGCAAGAGUACAAAGCCAUCAUCCAGAAUAUGGUCUCAAUGGGCGACGAUGAUGCCCUGAUGGCAACCCCGUUGUUCGACACUGGAAUGUCAUUGUACUCCAAGCCCAUUUGCAGGCACCGGCUGGCGUACAUGAUGUUCAGGAUGGCAGAUCGGCUCGGAGAUCCAAGAGCACAUGAGAUGGUCGAGGUCUGUGAGAGAAAGUGGAAAGAUGCUGUUCGCGACCUUUUGUGAGAAGCCCUCUUCCACCACACUAUGCCUAUUCCUUCAUUCUUUUGAUUCGAUAGUUGACAGAGUGGUUUCUCCAUCCAUCACCGAGGGGGCAGGUUCGCGGGGAAGCGGUGUGUCUUGAACUUGAUGCCGUUGUACUUGCCGCUCAAGAGGAAACGACGAGGAUGAGCCCACCAUGAAUUGGGGCAGAAUAUCCUCGUCGUCCAGGCCAGUAC